GUGCUCUGCGGGCCGUUCGCUGGGGUUGGCUGUCGGCAGGGUCCUCGGGGCGCUCCUGCUGCAAGUUCUCACUUAUGGAUUCUCUGGGAGGGGAGCUAUGGCAUCUGAAGGAAAUUCCAGAUAAAGAGAGAUGCCGUGGCUGAUAUGUUUGUUUUGCAGGUUUAAAUCCCAGUUCUGCUGUCUUUGAGGUCGCUGCAAGGAUCUGGGUUGCUGCAGAAGAUGCCGGGGGACAGGGUGCUCGUGGAUCUCGAGGGAAACCUGUACAAGGACCUCUCCUUUCCAGCCAAGGAUGAGUCGCUCUUCUUUAACUACUCCACUCCCCUGGCCCAUUUCAGAGGCGAGAUCUGUUGGCUGAGACCUCAGGAGAUCUGUUCGAAUCCUCGGCUAUUUUCAGACAAUCAUCAUGAGUGGCAAGUCAAGCAAGGGAUGCUGGGAGAUUGCUGGUUCCUGUGCGCUUGCGCCGCUCUGCAGAAGAGCAAAUACCUCUUGGCCAAGGUGAUCCCUCCAGGCCAGCCCAGUUGGAGAGACGAGAACUACCGGGGCUGCUUCACCUGUCGGAUCUGGCAGUUUGGACACUGGGUGGAAGUCACCAUCGACGAUCGUCUGCCGUGCCUCGGGGGCAAACUUUGCUUCUCCCAGUGCCAGACGGAAGAUGUGUUUUGGCUCCCCCUGCUGGAAAAGGCCUAUGCCAAGGUUCACGGGUCCUACGAGCAACUGUGGGCUGGCCAGGUUGCCGACGCUCUGGUGGAUCUGACCGGAGGCCUGGCGGAGCGGUGGGCCCUCAAAGACCCGGGGCGGAGUACAGAAAGGGAGCGGGCGGGCAAAGUCUUGGAGAAAGCCGUCUUUCGGAGGCUGAUGAACCUGAAAGAAAAGUGUGUCCAUGAGCUGCUCCCGUCUUCAAGCUCCCGGCAAGGCACGAGCGAACUGGGCGAGUUCCACGCCUUCAUCGUCGUCGACAUGCAGGAUCUCUCCAAAGUCUCCAGGAAGGACAUUAUCUUGCUGCGGAUCCGGAACCCCUGGGGGAGACGCUGCUGGAAGGGGCCCUGGAGGGAGGGCGGUCCCGGCUAGCAGUUGGAUCCGGUAGUGGCUGCGGAACUCUUGUCCCAAAUCCAGGAAGGAGAAUUCUGGGUGGAAGAGGAGGAGUUCUUUGCUGAAUUCGAUGAGAUCAUAACCGGGUAUCCCAUCACUGAAGAAGGACAACUCCAGAGUCUUUAUACAGACAGAGUUCUAAGCCACACACAGAAGCUGUACGGCUCGUGGGUGAGGGGGCACUCUGCCGGCGGUUGCCGUAACAACAGUACCUUCCCUACGAACCCCAAGUUCUGGCUGAGGGUGUGCGAGCCGAGCGAGGUUUGCAUCGCCCUCCUGCAGAAGCAUCGGAAGUACAGCACCGAUUGGGCGGGCAGGAUCCGAAACUGGCCCCGCUUGGUGGAAGCAGAUCCAUCUUUGGCUGACGGGAUCCGAGGGAAGAAUUAUCAUGCCGUGGGACUACAUAUCUGGAAGGUAGAAAAGAAGAAGUUCAACCUCCCAAGGACCCUCUCUGCUCCCCCGAUUUCGGGCACCGUUUGCCAUUCUUACAACCGGGAAGUCCACCUGCACUGUGACCUCUCCCCGGGCUAUUACCUGGUCAUCCCCAGCACUUUCCUGAACGAUGCCGAGGGGAACUUCCUCCUUCGGGUCUUCUCCAGUGGGAGAAUCUCCCUCAGCGAGAUAAAACUAUCGCCCCUGGACAACACUGCGUGUGAAGAGCUCCCAGGGGGCGAAUGGGAGACGGCCCAGAUGGAGGACAGUUGGAGAAAAGGACAGAAUGCCGGUGGCAGCAGGAACUUCCCUUCCUUCCACACCAAUCCGUGCUUCCCCCUGUCCAUCGCUGGCGUGGGGCAGAGCAGCGUGAAGGUCUCUCUCCGCCAACACUGCCCAGAUAACAAGUGCCGCCCGGUCGGGUUUCAUAUCUUCCAGGUCCCCAGCGAUAACAACAACGUGAAAAUGCCUCUCUCGUCCUGCCUGCACUCGGAGCCUGUGGUGAGCUGCGUACCUCAUUGCUACUCUCAGGAAGUCAGUCAGCUGUGCCGAUUGGCUUCGGGAAACUACGCCAUUGUUCCGUCAACGUACCUGCCUGAUACAGAAGGCAGUUUCACCUUGAUCGUAGCAACCCAGAUAGACAGGAAAAGCAUACGGAUCCAGGAGACUUUGGGGCAAAGGCUGCAAGAGGUCUCCUUUAAGGCAGUGAUGAAAAUGUAAUUUUGGAUCGGCACAUCAGUAUCGGGGGAAACGGUGACACGCCUCAGGAAAGGCAGAGCUGGUUUCAAUUUGAACGGCAAUAAUCAGAGGAUUGGUUUGGCCCAGAGACUUCCUGGGCAUAUUAGCAUUCCAGCCUUCUUAUUUAAUCUCUCUCUCUCUUUCUGUCUCUCUCUCUCUAAUAAAGUGAACUAGAAUCUCCCCAAGACAAAUCACACCUCAGUUUUGUAACACUCCUGCAUGGACUUCGGACACCCUUGAAAUCUCUCGGCAGUGUUGUACAGACUCCAUUCUGUCUGCUUCGGUCUCCUUUCUCUUUGAACCUCACGUCCCUGAUAUCGGUGGAAAGACACAUUGUGUAUGUGCUGUGUUCAGAUCCGUUUAUAAUUCAGUGGCAGUAACAUUU